AUGCUUAAAUCAAAUAAACUAACCUCUGAGUCAGCCUUAACUACAAACAGACCAACCAGUCGCAUAGAUACGUCCUAUUUAAAUAGAGGAUACUCUUAACAUUCCUAAAACUAAAGUACAAAUAAGAAAUUGUGGAUAAAAAUUAAUAAAGUCACUGAAGAUGCUACUGAUACUAAACCUUAUAUUGCGAUCGAAAAGUAAAGGAAUACUAAUUCCUGUCACAUCAGACCAUCCAUAAAUAGGAAGACAAGUUGUGAAAUAAAAAAUUAAAUAGAUUUUAAUGAAAUUAAACAUUUCAUUAAAGAAGUCGAUCAUCAAUAUGAAGAUGAACCAUUUACAAAAAAGGCUAAUCAACAAUAAACUUAGUAAUAUUAAAACGAAAAGAGACUCAAUCAUUUAAACUUAAUAUUGGCAUCAUUUAGGGACAGGAUAAAAAGUAGAAAUAUAUCAAAUGACAUAGAACCUAAUAAUUAAUAAAAAUAUAACAAUAAAAUUAAGAUAAGAUCAAAGCAGAUUGCAAUCAUUAAAUAACAUUCAGACAACAAAAUAGGCUUAAAAAUCUCCUAAUUGAAAUAACAGAAUGCAUCGCAAUAGCUAAUUUACAGCAACUAUGCUAAAUCAUUCAGAGCCUCUUCUGAUUAUAUUGUGAAUUAAAUCCCACAUUAACCUUCGCAAUAGAUAUAAAAACUAACAGAAGAAUUAGGGAAUCUAGAGAAUUAUAAGUAAUAUAAUGACUACUAAUCAAUUAGUUUAACAAGUGACAGACUUGAGAAUUCUAAAGAUUUUAGUGGGAGACCUUUGGCAUCUAUCAAAUGGAUACUAAAAAGAAACAAGAAGAAUCCUGAUGAAAUAGAUAAUCAAUUACUUAUGGAUGAAUCGAUGAUUAGUGAGACUGAAGGUAUGUCAAUUGUUUCUAUUAUACUAGCCAAAUUGAAUUCUUUAUAUGAAGAAAGUAUUUCAAUUUAAAAGAAUUUAUUGUAGAAUUAGAAAAGCAGUCCAAUAAAAGCAAUAAGUGCAAUUAAAAAAAUGGAUUAGAUUAAAUCUAUUAUCAAUAACGUUAACUCAAAUAAAUUGAUGAAUAAGUUUUUAAUAUGA